CAAAACUGCAAAAAAAAAAAAAAAUGGCGUCAUCAAGAUUUCAACUCGUUGCCCUUUUCGUCAUCUUCUCUGUCGUUAUUACUGCGCAAACUGCAGUGACAGAAAAAGAAGUAAUGGACGGACCGUGUCGCUUGAGAGGAACGUGCAAGAGCGACAGUGACUGCGACAAACAUUGCCACAGGAGCACCGACCCUGCCGGCAUGGACGGCCACUGCCUCUUUGACAGACCCACCCCCGUUUGUUGCUGCCUCUUUGAUUAAAAAAAAUCACAAUCUUUUUUUAAUUCUUCAAAAGUUUCCAUCAUAUGUUCUAAAAAUUAAACUAAAUGAUAUAAAAUAACUAAAAAUGUUUACGCCCCAAAUUAUGUGAAAGAUAAAAGAAGCCAUCUUGUGUUUCUUAUGAUUUUCUUGUGUACCCAUAUGGACACUUGUAUGUCUUGAGAGUGUUUUAAUUGUAAGAGAAUGGCUAUCUUUGA